CGAGCAUCGACCGAGAAGACUCGUCGCGAACGUUGACAACCAAACCAACGUCUUCUUUUACCAUUAUCAAACAAUGGAGAGCGGCGCCUACGGGGCCUCGCUGGCCGGGGGCACCUUUGAUUUCGUCAGCUUUGUAAAAAGACCUCAGACGGUUGUGCGCUUUUUGUGCUGGAUAUUUUCCAUCGUGGUGUUCGCAACUAUCACAGCAGAAGGCUACAUUAACUCCUCAAAGCAAGAAGAUGCAAUGUGCAUGUUCAACAACGAUGACCAAGCCUGCAGUUAUGGGGUGGCUGUUGGAGUUCUGACCUUCCUGGGAUGUGUUGUCUUCAUGAUUUUGGAUGCCCACUUUCCGCAAAUCAGCAACGCCAAAGAAAGGAAGUACAUUGUUACUGGGGAUGUCAUCUUUUCUGGAGCCUGUGCCUUCCUGUGGUUCAUCUGCUUCUGUGUCCUAGCAAACCAGUGGUCCAACACAACUGAAACCUUCGGUAUUGCCGUUGACGCCGCUCGAGCUGUAGUGGCCUUCUCAUUCUUCUCCAUCCUCAGUGCGGCUUUUUUGACUUCUUUUGCUUAUGGAAGAUAUCGCCAAGGUGUGAGUGACUUUGACCAGGGCUACAGUGACCCAGCUAAUGACCAUAAUACCCCAUACCCACCCACUUACCCUCCAUAUCCCAGUAGUGGCCCAGAGGGCUACCAGCAGUCACCAUUUACCAACAGCCAGGAGCGGCCAGGAGAAUACCAGCCUCCAACAUUCUAAAGAACUGGGAUGCAAAUACAUGAAACUGACAGGUUUGCCUAUGGCUGAUUUACAAUUUGGACUGUCCCCUGCACUCCAUAUGUUUCUUUCUAUCAACAAAGUUUAAACUUUUUAUUGUGUUUUUAAUCAUUGGAGGUUGCACUGAUGUUUUUAGGUGGAACCAAAACUGUAAUUUGGUGCUUGGUGGACAUUUGCUGCACUUUCCAGUCCACAAAAAAAGCAUCUGACAACUGAAUUAAGAGCAUUUUUUUGGUAGAAUGAGAUUGAGUUUUAAGUGAUGACACUGUGCCACCGCUCUUUCCUCACCGAAACUGAAAUGGUUAUCUCUUUCUCAUUUUUGUUUCAUUCUCAUAGGAUGGUUUGAAAGCAAAUGAAUGAAAAAGCUGUUUAUAUCAAAAUGCUUAUUUUAGCUUAUAGUUUAUAUUGUGUUGCAGGCAAAACUGUCAUUCUAAGAUUUUAUGCAUGAAACCUUAAUUGCUCAAGUGCACAUGAAUAUGUUGCCAUUAUUUCUAAGUUGACUUGCAGGUCAAUUGCCAUAUAUUGUAUUAACUGUAAAUGGGUUGAUACUAGAGAUAAGGGCUUUAUCAUUUUAGCUUCUACACAAGCUCACACAUAAUUUCAUAAAUUGGGAGGGGGGUAUUAAAUAACUGAAGAUGUUUUCUAGAAAACUACUGGACCACCUUUGCUUUAUAAUCAACCACUGAACUUACAUGGGCACUGAAAACACAAAUGAUCUUUUUUGGGGCAGUAUGUUUUAUACCUAUACUGCAGUUUGAUGUGGUUACACAGAAUGUAUUUCAAUUUGAUACUGCUGCAAAUUUAUGUAUAUAUAAGAGUGUUUUAUUCUGUGCACAGGCAGUGCUACCUAUUUCUGACCAUUGUGCCUGCUACCUCUGAAAAAGAUUACGACUUCGAGUUUUCAACUCCAGCAAUUUUAAGGUGUGUGUGUGGGUUGUUUUUUUUUUUUUUUCAAGCUUCAAAAUGGUAAGUGAUUUCAGGUUGUUGUUGUUGUUAAGAAUAUAGUAAACUGAAAAAAAAAUCAUUAGUGUAAUAGUUUUCUAAUUUCAGUUCUUCAUAAUUCAGGAUAUGACAAUCACAUGGGACUUUUGUUGUAUUUUUGUCUUGCCAUUUCACAGUUGUAUUCUGUAGCUUUGAAAGAGUUCCCCACAAAGUGCCUUCCAAAGAACACCUUUUUAUCACAUCAGCACACGAAGUUUGCCAAAUAAAGACUUGCCUUGUUUUGAAACUUUGGGCCGGUGUCUCAUUAUGU